CCCAUGGAUCCUGAACUGCUUCUAGAAAGUCUUCUUUAGUUGUGUCCAUCCGUUUGUAUUGACACGGGAAGGAUUCUUUGCUGGCAGUAUCUAUUUAGUCAUUUCAUUGAUUUGGGAGUUUAAAUCCAGUUGCUGGCUAUGGCUCACCAGUUAUCAGAAGACACAGACGAACUGUUUGAAAAGUUUUUGAAAGAGUCUCUUUCAGAUGAUUCACUUGGAAAUGAACCAAAGCAGAAACGCGGUAUUCCUGAGAGCAUUGGACAAUCUAGGAAUAAGAAGCAUUCUGUGCCAUGGUGGAUAUCUGAGGAAGAUUCAGACGAUGUUCCUAAGACAAACAAGUUUAUCAAACAAGGGAAUGAGAAGAAAUUUACUGGGGGAAAAGAUGAAAUGGUUGAAGAUGGUGAAAAGAAGAUACUACUUUCAAAUAACCAGUCUGGAAUACGUGGCACAAGUGGUAGCUUUCUGAAGUCAAAAAGGCUUUCUCAUUCUAUUGUGGAAGUAGAUGAAGAUAAUGCAGAAGGCGUUCAGCUCCAACAACCUAAUGUUGUUUCCGUCUCUUUAAGCAGAGAUAGCCUGGAAACCAAUGAUUCAGUUGUUGCUCUGGGGCCUAAUGAGAAUUGUUUGGUAGCUGGAUUGGAUACUUUGGAAGAACAAGAGGAAAAGGAGAAGUUCUUUGCUGACCUUGAGAAAGGAGCAUCAUCUACCAUUGACUAUUCAAGAUUAAAUAAGGAGCUGGACUCCAAUGAUUCUGACGUACUGCAAACAUUUCUACGGAAUCACCCAGAAGUAAAACAGAUGGAAGAAAGACAUGUAGAUGAACCUAAGGAUCAUGAAAAGUCUGGUGAUUAUAGUGAGGAUUUUGAAGACUCAGAAUCUAAUGAAGACGAUAAAGUUGAACAAGCUGUCGUGUCGGACGCUAAUGAAGAAAAGACUGGCAUGCUGGCUAAAGUUGUCCUUCUUGAUUCCCAAGACUCAACUUUGGAGACUCAAAAAGCCAGUGAACAGAAGGAUGCAGCUGUGACAGAACAUUGCUUACCUCAAGCCACUGCAGAUGAAAUGAACGGAACAGGUGUUUCCUGUGGGCAAACAAAUAGUGAUAUUGAAGCUCUGCAUCAGGCUUACUGCCACGUUGAGCAGUUAGAAGAUACCGAUGAGCAAAAAAUUCAUGCUGAUAAAAUGGAAUCUGCAGAGAACUUGAUCAAAGAUGCUUCACUGGAUAAAGAAGACUGUCCCAAAAAUACCUCUGCUACUGAUUCUGAUUUGCCCACCAUAGAAGAACUGAUGAAACCUAUCAGAGCAGAUUCAUCUUUUGCCAGGGGCUAUGACCUGGAACCUGCAAGUUCUGUGAAAGCCGCGAACAACAACACAGAUGAAUUAGUGGGCCAUUUGCCAUUUAAAGAGCAGCAGAAUGAUCCUUCUCUGGAAAAGCAAGACACUGGUGGUUUCUUGGGUCAUCAUGGUGAGCAAGAGAAUGUUUCUGUUCAGCCAGUUGCAAAGGAAGAUACGGCAGGCAAAGACAAACUGCCUGAUAAAACUAAGCAUGAUACCUUCAGACAAAAUACUCUCACAAAUUCUUCAGCAUUGCAUCAAGACAACAAACCCAACCAGAUACGUCAGCCCAACACUUGGAAUAAAGAGGGUUUAAAUUCAAUGCUGAAUAAACCGGUAAUGUAUAAAAAUACCAAAAAUGCAGUUCCUUUACAUCGAAAGAAAUCUCUGGGUGGACCUCAUAGCUACGUUAGAAGUUCUGGGUACGGAAAAUCCAAUUCUUCAUUAAAGCAGCUUUCCACUGUUAAUGAAAAGAUGGUAAAAGAAAGCAUCAAAAAGCCAAUUUUGAAAGCCAAAUCUCCUCCAAGGCCCAAAGAAACAUCUGGAACUAAGAUAAUACAGGCAACAAAAGAUCCAGUUACCACAAAGAGAAAUUACUGUGCUACACCUGAGCAGUCAUCUGCAAGUAGUCUUCAACAGCAAGUUAAAGAUUGCAUCCUGACCCAUAACGUUGCUUCAUAUUCUCCUUCCCAAAGUAGUGGAAGGGAGCUUUAUUUACUAAAAAGAGUCCAGGAAGCUGAGGAAAAACUGGAUGCAGCCCAUGAUUUGAUUCAGCAUCUAAAAGCCUCCUCUUUGCAAAAGGAGAAGGAAAUGGAGACAAAAAUCCUGGAAAUGAAAAUGCAACAAGAUAAAGACCUUUUUCAGCUAAAUCAAAAAAACUAUGUUCUUCAAACACAGUUAAAUAACAGAGAGGAAUUGAACAAAGGAACAAAGUGGUCACACAUUUCAGGAAGAAUUCCAGAUGAUGGAGAAAUGUUGAAAGAAAUCCAAAAAGAAGUCCAAAAUCAGGAGACUCUUCUUCAAGGGUAUCAACAGGAAAAUGAAAGAUUAUAUAAGCAAGUGAAAGAGCUACAGCUGAACAACAAGAAAAAUGAGGAAAAUAUGUUUAAAGAAAACCAACGUUUGAUGACGGACUUAACAUCCUUACGAGAACAAGUGGAUAAAAAUAAUAUUUUAUCACAUGGAGUGCAGAAUGCUGAACCAGCUAGCAAUCAGCGUUUCACGGACUUGAUUUUAGAACUCCGAGCAGCCAAGUCUAUAGAGACCAAUUUGCUUGAAGAGAGAAAGCAUCUCAAGCAAGAUAAACAAGCCCUUGAAGUAGAUCUGGGGCAAGUGAAGAAGGAGCGAGAUUUGGCAAGAGCCCAGAUUGCUUCCACUUUAGCUGAAAAAUCAUAUGAGAUGAAGAUUAUGGAAGAAUCCUACAAAGAUGAAAUUGGUCGUUUGCAGAAAAGACUCCAGUGGUAUGCUGAAAACCAGGAGCUUUUGGAUAAAGAUGCAGCCCGCCUCAGAGGAGCAAAAGAAGAAAUUGAUAAACUGAAACUAGAGGUUGACAAGCUUAGAAGUGAAGCUGGGAAUCAAUCUGCACAGCAAAAGAAACGGCUGAAGGACAGGGCAGCAGACGCGAAACGAAUUCAGGACCUUGAGCGGCAGGUUAAGGAAAUGGAAGGGAUUCUGAGAAGAAGACACCCAAAUUCUUUGCCGGCUUUGAUUUAUGCUGCUGCUACAGCAGCUUCGGAAGGAGACGGCGAUGCUUCGGCUAAAGCUAACACAGUUGAUUUCCUUGAAAGAAGAGUGAAAAAGUUAGAAGCAGAACUUGAGGGUAAAGACGAUGAAUCUAAAAAAAGUCUCCGUGCUAUGGAACAGCAGUUUCAAAAAAUAAAGCUUCAGUAUGAGAAAAGGAUCGGGGAGCUCGAACAGCUGCUCGCCUAUAAGCUGCUGAACGAGCCCCAGAAGCUUGAGGACAAGACAGCCAACCUGGCAGCACUUGAGCAAGAACUCUGCAGUGUAAACGAAGGCCACGAGGCCACAGUAAAACACCUUCAGGCAGAAAUUGAUUCCCUUAGAAACCAGAUAGCUCAGCUAGAACUCCAGAAGAAGACAACAGCUGAUGCCGACCUACAGUCCCUGGAAUACCAGGUGGAGCAGGCCCACGCUAAAGCCAAGUUGGUUAGACUAAAUCAGGAAGUGAUUGCCAAAAACAGAGAGAUACAAGACCUCACAAAAACUGUGGAAAGGCUUCAGAAAGAGAGGAGGAUCAUGCUCUCUGCAAAGGAAUCAUCUGGCAAAACUGACAAUAAAGAAAAACCUUCAGGAAGCAUGAAAAAGGAUGGUGCCAACUCUAAUCAAAGGAACCCCAGAAAUGAAGAGUUCUUUCCUGGCACUCUUGAUGAUAAAUUAUACCAGCCCAACGCCUUUGCUGAUUCUCAUAUUUCGGAAGUCCUGCAAGAAAACACCCGGCUGAAAGAUGAAUUAGGAAAGCUGACCCUUGAGCUGAACCAACAACGGGUCAAAGCUCAGGCAGCACUGGCAAACUCUGAAAGUCUUGUAAGAAGGGCAAAGGAAGACUCGGAAGAAUACAUUGCAGCCCUUAAAGUAUCACAUCAGAAAGAGCUGGAGAAGAUCCUUUGUCAGCAUGCGAUGGAACAUUCUGCUUCCAAAACAGCUGAGUUGAAUAGCAAAGUUUCAACACAAGAGAUCUUUAUUAAACAUCUUCAACAACAAGUUCGUGAGUUGCGGAGAGAUCAAGAAGCCCUUGCAGUUUCACAAAAGAGAGAGGAAAUCCUUCAGAAAGAGAUGGCAAAACUGUUAGAAGAACUCGGAGAGGCUAGAGAGAGCCAGAGCCCUGAGAUGAAACGCUUUGUGUGUCUAGAAAGGAAGAUCAAACAGUUGGAAUCCAGAUACGAACAAAGAGAGCAAGAACUUCAACAGGUAAUACAGGAAACACAGCAUAUUGCAGAGGUGGAACAAAUCCAGGAAACUGAGAAAUGGAGAAAGCUCGCACUGCUGAAGAAUCAAGAGUUGGAAAAAUUUCGCAUAGAACUAGAUUCAAUGUUGGAUGUUCUACGGCAACUGCAGAAACAAGGCGUUAUCAUUCCAGUAGGUGGCUCAAACGUGCCAGAAAGUUACUGGAAAAUCUAAAUGCGCACAAGUUAAUCGGAGAAGGGAUGUUUUAACAGAAAUAGAAGUAAGCUGAAAGCAUUCCAUAGAGAUCACUAGUUUAUUUUUAAGGCAGUGUCCAGAUUUCUACUAUUUAAAUUUAUCUCUGUUGAUAUUUAUUACUGUAUGUAUUAAAUACUGAAUGCAAAUUCAGAAUGUCAACCCCGUGUUUUGUUUUGUUUUGCCAAUCCAAUCACUAAAAAGUUCUUCAUACUUUA